AUGGUGCUGUUGAACAACCUGUCGGGGAGCAAGGUUUUGGGGCUGCAACAGCGUGAAGACACUAAAGGACCCUCCCACGUUCGCACCCUUCGCUGGCAGGAUAUUUGCGAGCACAGGCUCUAG